AUGGCUACCCCUAGUGUCCUAGCUUUUGACGCUGAGGGUCGCGCCAUUGAUUUUGAGGUCUGGCUAGACGACCUGCAGCUGUUCUUACAGUGCGACAGGGCUGAUGACCUUUCUCUCUUUGACCUCACCUCUGGCGCCUCUCCUGCUCCUGCUGCUGAUGCUGAUCCCGCUGUCCGCUCUAAGUGGGCCACCCGCGAUGCUGCUGCACGUCUUGCUGUGCGUCGCCACCUCCCUACCUCUGAGCGUGCGCACUUUAGUCAGUACAAGAGUGCUCAGACCUUGUACGACGCUGUAGUUGCGCGCUACUCCUCCCCUGCCACUGCUGCACUGAGCCGUCUCAUGCUUCCCUACCUCUUUCCUGACCUCUCUGCCUUUCCCACUGUCGCUGACCUCAUUACGCACCUCCGCACUAGUGACACUCGCUACCGCGCCGCCCUUCCUGCUGAGUUCUGCGCUAGGAACCCCCCUCCCAUGUACAUCGCUCUCUACUACGUAGUCGCGCGCCUCCCUGACUCCCUUCGCGUCGUCAGGGACCACUUUCUCGCAGUCUGUCCCACCACUCUCACCGUCGAUCUCCUCGAGAAGGCCCUCCUUGCAGCGGAGAAGAGCAUAGUCGCUGUAGGUGCUUCUCGUGGUGACCCUCGCACCCCCAUCUUUGAGGGGUGCUCUCCUUCCCCCUUGCUGCCCUCUGUUGCCUCUGCUGCUGCUGCCGACCUGCUUGGUCUUGAGUCGGUCGGCACGGCGUCUGCCCCUAGUGGGAGACGUCGCUCCAGCAAGGGUAAGGGAGGCAAGGGCGCGGGUGGAGCUGGGGGGGGCGGUGGCGGUGGCGGCGGUGGCGGCGGAGGGAGUGGGGGUGGCGGCGGGACUAGUGGCGGGGGUGGUGGUGGUGGUGGUGGCAGCAGCGGCGGAGACGGUGGUGGUGGUGCCAGCGGUGGUGGUGGAGGCAGCGGCGGAGGUGGAGGCGGCGGAGGUGGAGGCAGUGGAGGCGGCAGCGGCGGAGGCAGUAGUGGUGGAGGAGGUGGAGCUGGUCGGGGUGGUCCCCAGCAGCGUAGCGGCGGUGGUGGUGGCCAGCGCUCGCACCGGCAGCAGCAGCAGCGCUCACGGGACAUCCCUUCGCCUCAGCAGCUUCGUGAGUGGUACGCUGGGCGUCAGAGGGGUGGGGGUACUGGUCCCUGCACCUACGUUCUUCGUUCCGGCGACCGCGCGGGUGAGCAGUGUGGGGGUGCCCACGCCACCCAGCGCUGCUUUGGCCGCCUGACGGACGCUUCGCGUCAGCAGUUCCCUGGGGCUAGUGAGAUCCCUCGCUGGGAUGAGCUUCUCAGGGCUGGUGUAGCGAUCUUUGAUCUUGAUUUUGAUGCUAUCCUUACUGCUAUGUAUGUUGUGGAUUCUAGUGAGGAGAAUGAGGGUUACCGGUGUUUCCAGCCCGACCCGGGCAUUGGUACUGCUGCGCUAGGUACUUGUGAGGCUGCUGCUCUAGGUGCCAGUGCGUCUGCGCUCUCAGGUACUGGUGAGACUGCGUUCUCAGGUACUGAGUCGUCCUCGUCCUCCCUCACUUUCACACUUGACUCCGGAGCUUCUCGCUCUUUCUUUCGAGAUCGCACUACCCUUUCGCCGCUCGCCAGGCCGGUUGCGGUCUCCCUUGCUGACCCCUCUGGGGGUCCUGUCCUGUCUCACUUCUCCACUGUCCUCCCGUGUCCGGCUGCCCCUUCGGGCACCCUGUCGGGUCUGUACCUUCCCUCGUUCUCUACGAACUUGGUGAGUGGAGCGGACCUGCAGGAUGGGGGUGUUCACCAGUUCACUCCUGCGCGUCAGCGGGUGACCCACUGCACGGAGGCUCGCACAGGCCGACACCUGGCCACGUUCUCGCGUCGGCCGGGGUCGAGUCUCUACACCCUGACCGUUGAGUCUCCUCCUGUCCCUGCGUCUGGUCAGGUGGCUGCGUCGGGUCAGGUACUUGCUGCUGCGUCCCGGUCAGGUCCUGAGUCUGCCCCCUGUUCUUGUCGCCUCCUGUCUCACGAGACUCUCCUGUGGCACCACCGUCUUGGCCACCCCUCCUUGCCCCGUCUUCGGAGCAUGGCUUCCCGUGUCCUUGUCUCUGGUCUUCCCCAGUCUCUCCCUCCUCUCCCCUCCGGGCCAGGACCUUCCUGUGUCCCCUGUGUCGAGGGUCGCCUCCGGGCUACUCCUCACUCCUCCCACUUCCCCCCGACAGAGGCUCCCCUGCAGACGCUUCACAUGGAUGUGUGGGGCCCAGCCCCCGUCCGUGGGCAGGGUUACGAGCGAUACUUCCUGUUGGUGGUUGACGACUACUCGCGUUACACCACAGUCCUCCCCUUGCGCAGCAAGGGUGCGGUCACUGAGGUGCUGAUCGACUGGAUCCGCGAGGCUCGUCUCCAGCUCAGGAAGAGCUUCGGCUCGGACUUUCCUGUUCUGCGUCUGCACUCUGACAGAGGCGGAGAGUUCUCUUCUCGCCUUCUGCGAGACUACUGUCGUGCACGGGGGAUCCGCCAGACCUUCACGCUUCCGGACUCACCACAGCAAAAUGGGAUUGCUGAGCGCCGCAUUGGCAUGGUCAUGGAUGUCGCUCGUACGUCCAUGAUGCAUGCGGCUGCCCCCCAUUUUCUGUGGCCGUUUGCGGUGAGGUACGCGGCGCAUCAGCUCAACCUUCACCCCCGGGUCUCUCGGCCUUCGAUGUCCCCAGUCUUGCUGUGGACAGGGAAGGUUGGCGAUGCGUCUGUGUUCCGUGUCUGGGGAUCUCGGGCGUUUGUCCGCGACUUGUCUGCGGACAAGCUGUCCCCUCGUGCUGCUCCCUGUGUCUUUCUUGGCUUCCCCACUGACGCCCCAGGGUGGCAGUUUUACCACCCCUCCUCUCGUCGUGUUCUGUCCUCCCAGGACGUCACGUUCGACGAGUCAGUCCCCUUCUACCGUCUCUUCCCCUACCGCACUACUUCCCUCCCCCCUCCCCCGGACUUCCUUGUGCCGGUUCCCCCCCCGGUAGACCCCCUCCCCCCUCAGGUUCCUGCCCCCUCAGGUGUGUCCCAGGUAGACGCCGUUGACCCGGUCGAGGUUACUGGUGACUCUGGUCCUGCUGCGGGUGCUGAGCCUGGGGGUGCUGACUCUGGGGGUACUGUGCGCGGGGGUGCUGUGCCUGGGGGUGCUACUGCUGGGGGUGCUGGGCCUGAGGGUGCUACUGCGGUGGGUGCGGAGCCUGGGGGUGCUGAGCCGGGGGGUGCUGUGCCUGGAGCUGCUGAGCCUGGGGGUGCUGAGCUGGGAGCUGCUGAGCCUGGGGGUGCUGCGUCUGGAGCUGCUGAGCCUGGGGUUUCUCCUGCUGCUGCGUCUCGCCGGGAGCCCCUCUCUCCACAGGAGCUGCGCGAGUGGUUCGCUCGCCGCUGGAGGCGUGCUGCUGAGUCUGGAGGUGCUGCUGGAGCUGGAGCUGGAGCUUCUUCGAUCGUCGAGGGUGCGGGUGCUGCCGGUCCCGGAGCUGCUGGACCUGCGGGUCCUCCUGGAGCUGGAGCUGCUGAGGGCGUUCGUGCUGGGCCUGCUGCUGUUGGUCCUGCCGCUGGAGGUGUGGGUGGCGCUGGUGCUGUCGCUGAGGGUGCUGGUGCUGUCCCUGCUGAGACUGGAGCUGCCGCGCGGCCUCGGCCGUACUUCGUUCCGCUCCUUCAGCAGGUUCUUGGUCUUUCUCCUCCAGUAGAGGGUCCACCGCCUGUCCAGUCGCAGUCCCUACUGGAGCCUUCCUCUCCACUGCCUGCUCCCUCUCCUUACACUGGUCCUACUGGAGGUCUUGCUGAGCGUCGUGAGCCUGCGUCUCGCCCCGCGUCGCCUGUUCGUGCUGCUCGCGCUAGUGGUCGCGGUUCGCGUCAGCGUCCUCCUCCUGUCCCUGGCACGCACCGGAUGUCUCUGCGUCCGUCCACUGCUCCUCUGCGUGCCCCUUUGCCUUCUCCUCCUGAGUCCUCUCUUCCUGCGCUUGCCGACCAUGAGUCGGACUCUCUUCGCGCUGCGAGUCCUACUGUCACGCGUCUGCUUGCUACUGUCGUCACUGACCCCUCUUUUGAGUCCACUGCUGCGUCUGCUCUAGUCGCUGAGCUCGUCGACUUUGCUGCUCGCUGUCGUCUCGACUACGCUGCUAGUCUUGUUGCUGAGUCUGCGUGUGUCUGUCCUCCGUCCGUCGGGGGUGAGUGUGCUCUUGGCACGGACGUCCUAGAGGACAGGCAGGAGGAGUUACAGUGUCUAGCGGCUGCUUCACCUCAUCUCGCGUCUGUACUGCUUGCCCCUGAGGGAGACCCGGAUGCACUAGACAUCCCGACUCCGCGUUCUUACGCGGAGGCCGUAGAGGGCCCCUACUCCUCUCAGUGUGGCAUGUGGAUCUUCAGGGUGAAGCGGCCGCCGGGCUCUCCACCUGUCUUCAAGGCACGGUACGUUGCUCGUGGCUUCAGUCAGCGGCAGGGAGUUGACUACUUUCAGACCUUCUCUCCCACCCCGAAGAUGACUACUCUUCGGGUGCUGCUGCACAUAGCCGCUCAGCGCGACUACGAGCUUCACUCUCUCGACUUCAGCACUGCGUUCUUGCAGGGUAGCCUGCACGAGGAGAUCUGGCUUCGCCGUCCACCUGGCUUCACUGGGACUUUCCCUCCUGGCACCCAGUGGAGCCUCAGACGGCCAGUCUACGGUCUCCGCCAGGCACCGCGUGAGUGGCACGACACACUGAGGACUACGCUUGCGGCUCUUGGGUUUGCUCCUUCUACUGCUGACCCGUCGCUGUUUCUUCGCACCGACACUUCCCUGCCGCCGUUCUACAUCCUCGUGUACGUCGACGACUUGGUCUUUGCCACAGCGGACACUGCUGGACUCGCCUACGUGAAGUCCGAGCUGCUGAAGAGACACACGUGCACAGACCUGGGUGAACUGCGCAGCUACCUUGGCUUGCAGAUCACUCGGGACAGAGCACGCCGCACCAUUACCUUGACUCAGUCACACAUGGUGCAGCAGGUCCUUCAGCGCUUCGGCUUCACGUACUCCUCGCCUCAGGCCACUCCUCUGCCUACUCGCCACUCACUCUCAGCUCUGCCUUCGGAUGAGUCCGUAGAGUCGAGUGGUCCGUAUGCAGAGCUUGUUGGCUGCCUCAUGUACCUGAUGACCUGCACACGACCUGACCUUGCAUACCCUCUGAGCAUUCUUGCACGCUAUGUUGCUCCUGGGAGACACAGACCGGAGCACAUGGCUGCAGCGAAGAGGGUAUUGCGCUACCUGUGCAGUACGUCAGGCAUGGGGCUAGUGCUUGGAGGGCGGAGUCCAGUGGUCCUUACCGGCCACGCGGACGCUUCUUGGGCUGACGACCAGGCUACGCAGCGGUCGUCACAGGGUUACACCUUCAGCCUUGGUUCCGGCUCUGUCUCGUGGCGGUCUACUCGCUCGUCUUCGGUUCUCGGCUCCAGUUGUGAGGCUGAGAUCUACGCCGGAGCCAUGGCUGCACAGGAGCUUCGCUGGCUCACCUACCUGCUGACUGACCUUGGAGAGCCGCCUCGUUCUCCUCCAGUGCUGUACGUAGACAACAAGGCUAUGCUGGCCUUGUGUCGAGAGCAGCGCUUGGAGCACAGAACGAAGCACAUUGCUCUCCGCUACUUCCUUGCUCGUGAGUUGCAGCAGCGUGGUCAGUUGCGACUUGCGUACGUGGCCUCUGAGGCCAACACUGCUGAUGUGUUCACCAAGGCACUUGCGCCUUGUGACCAUCAGCGCUUCUGCACCCAGCUGGGUCUUGUGCCUGUCUUGCCUCACUUGCUCUCCUCUUGA